AUGCCUGCUCUGACUAGUGUGCCGACAGUUGAUCUGUCAAACCUCGACCACCCGGAGGGAAAGAGAUUGGCUCUAGACAACAUUCGUCGCGCUUGCAUGGAUUGGGGGGUCUUCUACCUCUCAGGUAUCCCAGUUCAGCCAGCUACCCUCGAGAACGCUACCAAUGAGACCAAGUUAUUCUUUGAUCGUCCCAUCGAGGAGAAAAUGAAUAUCACGCUGGAUAAGGUCCCUAGUUAUCUUGGAUAUGUCCCGUUAGCUAGUGAGCGCACUGGUGAUAAAGUCGAUUACCGUGAACGCAUCAUCUUGCGCGGUGACGACCCUGGGAAUGGGGGAAAGAUGGAUCCUGUAUACCAGACACUCCAGGGAAAGACCCAGUGGCCAUCUGGAAUGCCUCACUUUCGUCGUGCCCAUGAGGAUCUCUUGACUGCAUUCACGGGUGUAUCUCGGGUUGUCCGGGCUCUGAUGGCCGAGGCAUUUGGGAUCGACUUUCCCACACUGGACAGCCUGUUCCACGAGGAAUCUCGUCAGAAUCGCAGUGUCGUGAUUCAUUACCCCCAGGUUCCAAAAGGUGGGGAUUCCGGUCAAAAUUUGACCGGAUUGCAUGGACACAAGGAUAUGACUUUUGGUGGUAUAAUAUAUCAAGCAACCGAGCAUGAGUGCUUGCAGGCUCAAGCACCAAAUGGAGAGUGGGUUACCUGUCCACCGAAACCGAACACGGUAGUUUACGUUGUCGGAGCAAUUUGCGAGUCUAUCACCCGGGGCGUACUCAAAGCUUGCUUCCAUCGGGUUCUCACUCCUGCUCCUGAAUCCGGAUCUCGCUACGCUAUGGUUGCCGCUCUUUAUAUCGAUUAUGAUAUCUCCCUGGCCAAUCCCAAGGUCACCAAAGCACUAGAAAGGAUCGGGAAAGAUCUCCAGGCCGGGUAUGAGCUCAACAACGGCAUGCUGGAAGACUUCCUCAAUGAGGAGUUUGAUUCUAUUGGCAUGAGAAGUUUGAAACGGUACAUGCGCAGUUUUCCGGAAGUCACUACCAAAUGGGUGAGUUUUGUCAUUUUCACUUUCGAAACUUGCAGCACUACUCACACAGAUGUCACUGGCAGUUCCCUGAAUACUCCAACCGCGUCGCGGCUGCAUAGACAUAGGUUUGGCUGUUCCCCUGGUGGUACUGAGAUGAUCAAAGCACCCGAGUCCCACGGCAAUGCUGCAAGGAUUGAACUGUGGCGACAUAGCCUAGGCUAUUUAUAA